UACCCAUCACAAUUGUUGGCUUUCAAUGUUGUGCUAGUUAAACGUUUAGGCUCAUUCAAAAUGAAGAGAUUGGUUGUCCAGAAUAAAGAGACAGGUCGUAGGAGCAAAGUCGUAGUAUUUGAUCACUGCCAAUGGGAGAAAAUACAGAACCGAGUGUCCAAGACGGUCGACCAAGCCAUAGAAACAGCGGUCGCUGCCUUAGAAAAGGAAGAGCGAAGACAAAAAUCAAAAGAGAUGGCAGCAACUUGGGAAAAUACUUUUGUGAAUCUUCGAAAAAGACGGUUCCAAGAAAGACAGCAGAGAUUGGAUAAAGAAAUGGCUGAAAUUCAGGUAAAAUAUGAUGCCAUGAAGAAAGAGCAAGAAGAAAUCAAAAUGGAGAUAAAGAGAAAGGCGAAAGAGAUCUUGUUCGAACAACGUGAUUCAACAAAACUGUUGCGCAGCGCUCAGAAACUGAGUGCGGUUUAUCACGAAAGAGCUGCUCAGAUCGAAUUCGCGAGGAAGCUCAAAGAAGAACAAAAAGCUGAAGAGGCAGAAGAAGUUAGAAGGAUAUACGAAGAUGUCGCUCUGUACCACAAAGAAGAAGAGGAAAAGAAAAAGAAGGAAUUGGAAGAAAAACAAAAGAAAAAAGAAGAUUACAUUGCCCUACUGAAACAAAUGGAAUUGGAGAAGAAAAAAGAAAAAGAAUAUCUUCUAAAUGGAGGAAUGGAUGAAUUGAAGUUAAUGAAAGAAGAACUUGAGCAGAUCCGGAAAAAUGAAAAAGAAGAGUUGGAAAGAAAGAAGAAGCUUUGCUUACAGUAUAUGGAAGAUGGUAUAAACUAUUACAGAAAGUACCAUGCCGCUAUGUUGGCCGAUGAUAAGGAGGAAGACAUGGCAAUCGCUAUCAUUGCAAAAGGAAAAGCAGAUAUCGGUGAAAAGAGAAGACUUAAGGAAGAGGAGUCAGUAAGACAAAAUAUUGAGAGGCAACAGAGGGUAGCGAAUAAUUUAGCAGUGCUCAUCUCUAAAAAGCAAACAGAUGAAGAAGAAUGCUAUCAAAGAGCAGUUGCUGAAAAAGAUGCAUUAUGGGAAAAGGCAGAAGCAGACCGGAUAGCAAAGGCGCAAAAACUUAGAAAGGAGAGGAUCGAAGCACACUUAGCUUACCUGAAAGAAAAUUCAGCAAACAAAGAGCAAGAGCACGAGCUUUUCAAAUGGGCAGUGCUACAGCGCCUCGCUAACACAGAACAAACCAAGACAUGUGAAGACGAGUUGAAAAGGAAGAAACUCAAACGGAUUUUAGUCUGCCAGGAUGCCAAUAGGAAUUUGAUUAAAGAGUUAAAUAAAAAAAUAGCAAGGGAAAAACAAGAAGAUAUCAAUUCAGUGAAACGAGCUAUCGAUCUUUGGCUUCUAGAAGACAAAGAAUUCUUGGAGUUUGCUGAAAAAAUCAAAGAAGAAUGCAAAGCAAGAGGCCAGAAUACAUAUCCUAUUGAUGUUGCAAUACUUCACUACAAAACUUCAAACGGGCUUGUUUACCAAAAGAGGGGUGUAGGUCUAGUCGAAGUCACUCCGACGUUCCCAUUGGACUACAAAGUAGACAGAGCUCCACCAAGAAGUAAACUGACACAAGAAUUUAUAAACGAAUCGAAAAGACGGGCGGAAAUAAAAGAACGACGCAGAAAUCUAGAUCCCACACUACGUUUGAUUGAAAAUAAACUGAAUGAGUGUCUUUGUGUAAAGACAGGUUGCAAUGGGCUAGAUGUUGAUGCUAAACAAAAAUAAAAUUAAAUUGCUGGAAAAUUCAACAAAUAUCAUGAGCAUAUUUAUU